GUACCGGAAAAGAUUCCUCAUAGGUGCGGAUGCAAAGAUGGCGGAAGAGGAGAGUCAGUUUGAAGAAUUUGAGCAAAUAGACUUUUUAAGAGAUAGACAUGUACGAUUCUUCCAGAGAACACUACAGGUGUUGCCUGAGAGAUACGCAUCGCUGGAAACAACCAGGUUAACCAUCAUAUUUUUUGCCCUGUCUGGCCUUGACGUGCUGGAUGCCCUCGAUGUGAUUGAUAGGAACGUUAUGAUUGAAUGGAUCUACUCACUACAGGUUCUGCCCACAGAGGAUCAAUCUAAUCUAAGCCGUUGUGGGUUUCGAGGAUCGUCACAUAUUGGAAUUCCUUACAGCACUAAGGGUCCAGGUGUGCUCCACCCAUAUGACAGUGGCCAUGUAGCUAUGACCUACACUGGGCUGUGCUCACUGCUAAUACUGGGAGACGACCUGAGCCGGGUUAAUAAACAGGCCUGUCUGGCUGGUCUCAGAGCACUGCAGCUGGAGGACGGCAGUUUCUACGCAGUACCAGAAGGAAGUGAAAAUGAUAUACGCUUUAUCUACUGUGCAGCCAGUAUCUGUUACAUGCUGGAUGACUGGUCAGGCAUGGACAUCCAGAAGGCCAUUGAGUACAUCAGAGGAAGUUUGUCAUACGACAAUGGGUUUGGCCAGGGAGCUGGGCGAGAGUCGCAUGGUGGCUGGACGUACUGCGCCAUAGCCUCUCUGUGUCUGAUGGGUCGAUUGGAGGAGGCGCUGAGUCAGCGGGAGCUGGACAGGAUCCGACGCUGGUGUAUCAUGAGGCAGCAGAGCGGCUUCCACGGGCGCCCCAACAAGCCUGUAGACACAUGCUACUCCUUUUGGGUGGGAGCUACGUUAGAGCUGUUAGAUGUGUUCCAGUAUACAAACUUUGACAAGAACAGGAGCUUCAUCCUGUCCACUCAGGAUCGGUUGGUGGGUGGAUUCGCCAAAUGGCCGGACAGCCAUCCAGACCCUCUCCAUGCCUAUUUGGGGCUGUGCGGGCUGUCUCUGAUCGGCGAGCCCAGCCUGAGGAAGGUCCACCCAGCUCUUAACAUCACCCAGAGAGCCUUUCAGCACCUCCAGCAGCUGCAGCAGACAUGGAGGGACAGCACUGGCAGCUGUAGCAGACAGCACUGACAGCAGGAUGAUCCACAGGCCUCUGCCUCUGAACAGGUUCAGUAAUCAGGAACAUCUAACUGUAGGCAGUCAAAGGCAACUGGACUUUCGCUGAAGAUGUUUGGCCACUCAUCUGAAAGGCCUUCUUAUUUCAGGAAUCAAGAAGGUUUUUUUUAAGACUUUAGCUCAUUUUUAAGUUUAUCUAAAGCAGUUUCUGUUUCUGUUAAGCAAUACAUGCCACAUUUUUUGCUGCCUUUUUAUCAAUAGACAGUAGUUAAUAACAAUGUGCAUUGUGGUUUGUGGGAAUAAAAUUAUGUGCCAGAAAGUCAAAUUUGAGUCACUGGAGACUUGAAGAAAUUCCAGAUGCCUCAAUUUUGCAAACUUUUUAGAUUAGAACGUUUUGGAAGAUCUCUGCCCCUUAGCACCAUCAUCAUGGUCAACAACACAAUCUGCUGUAAACUUUCUGCAGGAUGAACGAUGAACACCAUGGGCUCACUUCACAUGGACAUAUAAAACAUCCUCUAAGUAAUCAUUAUUCACAUUCUGAGGAGAGGUGCUGAGGAGGACUUAGGGAACACCUAAAUUAUAGUUUGAAAUGGUUAUGGAGUAAACCAAGGUUUUUGAGCCAGUUGGUCUAAUUUAAUGUGAAUUGACUAGCUAGGCUUUUGCUUAAUAAUGACCCAAUAUUCAAUAUUACAGAUAAGUCAGAUUGAUUUUCAUUUGUCCUCACAAACCAGUAUAAGCCCAGUCAUAAUUUUGGGGGGAAAUGUGGAAACCAUUAACACAAAAAUUCAUAUUAAUUUUAGAUUCAUCAUCAUCAUAUCAUUUCUACAUUCUCAGACAAAAAACAAACAAUAAAAAAACCAAUUCAAGGCACUGACCUCCAGACAGUAUAUAUAAGGGUUUUUUGUUUCUUUGCCCUCAUAACAUCUCCAUCCUUACAUUGCUGUUGAACCUCUAGAAAGCCUCAAGCUUUCCACUCCCAAAGCUGGUACCAGUCUGGCAGGUUUACUCCCCUGAGUGUCUCACUUCAGCAGCAUCCUCCAGUUUCAUCACUGCAGGCUUUGUUCAGUGAUCAAGAGAGAUUUAAAUGAUAACAUGACUGCCUGGAUGAAAUUCACUGGAAAGGCAGCGAAGAGCCUGGGGUAAGCCCCCCCCCCAAAAAAAAAAUCCCAUCCCAACAUCCCAUGACUCCUGAACCCUGAACUGAUCUGAGCUACCCUCCCUUCACCAGCCUCCAUACUCCCUUCAAGGCACUGGCUGCCCUGAAAUCAAUAGGAGAAAGAUGAGACAGUGGUAUCAUAACUUGGGGAAAUGUAUUCUUUUGAACAGUGGUGAAAACGGUCUUGUUAUUUUCAGAGCAGAAAGCAUGCAGGAAAAAACAAAAACAAAAAAAAACCAAUAUACAUGAGCAGAAUGUGCCACUGGGAGUCAGGUUACUGAAACAGCUGUUAUCCAACAUGCUGGUCACAUCCUUUUGUGUCCUGAGAUGUUGACUUCCACCAAGACUCAACCACGUUUUUGUAAUCCUACCAUGUAACCCCUGGACUCUCCAUCUCUGCAGUGCUACCCACAGUCAUUAAAAAGCCACUUCCAGCCUUCUUGCCCUUUAGCUGAGCUACAAAUUGGAAACUUGUAGCUUUAAAUCCUAAUGAGAUCCUAUCAUGGUGACACAUAGGCACUGAAAUUCUGAGCUGGUUCCUUUUGCCUUCUCAUCACAUUGGUGCUCUGACUCCCAGCAAGAGACAUUACCAGCUUCACAGAUUCCUCCAGCCCCCUGCUGAAGCCACACCCUUUCAUUACAAGACCGCUGCCACGACAAACACCUGCUCCCUGACCUGACAAGCAAGAAGGAGAAAAUAUCACAGCAGGCCAGAAAUACAGUGGCCUGUCUGCAGCAUGGUACCUGCGGGAGUCUACUGUGUGUAGCCCCAUCUCUGACUUAAAAAUAAUAUUCCCUCAGUGCUCAUCUUUCUUCUGCCUAAAAUGAAGCUGUAUCUUGCCUCAUCUACUUUCCCGCCAAGUUAGCCUCUUUUUCAGACUUAGAAACAAGACCAGGCAGACAGAGGAAAGGAGAGAAGAGAGGAGGAGAAGUGAAUAAAUAAAUAAUUUGACCCAUCUAUUAUUAAAAGUAAACUGUCGGAGGCUGGAAUCUCCUCUCUGAACCCUGACCAAACCUCCAGCGUUAGAGCCUUGUUUUGAUACAAAAGCAAUUGCUGUUUACCUGCAUCAUAUAGUGUCAUAUUAUUUUCUGUUAGUAUUUUUCCUGAGACAAUAGGCUUUACUACGGUUACGUUUGCUGAUCUAGCCUUCUUCUCUCCUGCUAUUGGUUUUUUUUUUUUUUGUUUCUUUGUUUUUUCCACACAUUUUGUUACUUACCACUGUUAUUGCUGCUGCUGAAUCGAGGCUCAGACACACAAAUCACAUAAUACAAGCUCAACAAAAUUAGCUUUUGGAAUUAUUCAUCAUAAAAUAUUCUAGUAUCCAUUUUUUUGGUUGCAUAGUUAUGAAAUGUCCUAAAUCUGCAGUAAAUGUGAAUGGUGCUGAGUCAAAAGUGCACUGAAAGAAAACUGCUACUACUGCACAACCACUGUGGAGCCAGAUCAAUUGUAACUGAAUGACAAUGUGUCUCAUGCAUCUUCUGAAGUGACUUUUACUACUUAUACAACCUCCUUCAGCUGGGUUCUGUCCUCAGCAUACACAGGCCAAAUCACAUGGCAAGACCACUCACACAGACUUGACUCUGAAAUGUGCCUCACGUAGUAUUGUUCUGGGUCACUGCUCUCUGAAUGCUCUCUAACUUCUGAUUUGACUACAUGUACAGCAUGCUUAAAUUGGCCUUAGCUAGUCUGUUUCAUUUAAAAAGGCACUGAAUAUGAGUGUUCAGUAGAGGGGAGGAGGGAGGAAAGGUGUAUCCUCUGUAGACAUUCAGGAAGUGGAACACCUACUCUGUAAGGUUUACUUAUCCAAUCAAACGCACUGAUAGCUGAAUGGUAGAAGUCGUCUCACUCCCUUCACUGUCUGAUCAAUCCAGAAGGUGGAAAGAAUUCAUUGUGGCAGAACCAAUAAAUGCUUACUCUGCUUUAGAAAGGAUGAAAGAUUGGAUGGAUGGAUCUGCCACUUACUGCAGAUGAAGAUUGCAUCUCACCACUUGUUAUAUUCCAUCUUCCUCCUCUUUUUUUGUUAUUAUUUUUUUUUUAACCACACCAUGCUGCAGUUGAUGCUCUUGGUCUCACAGCAUGAAAAGAAGGGACCAUGGCUUAAGGCUUUAGAGAAGGCUGCAGCGCAGGCUGUUCAGGUGGUCCAGAGAUGUUAAAGCUGAAAUAGUUUAAGUCUUUCAAGAUGCAGCCAAAAUGCCACAUGUGGUCGAUCAUGAACCCUUGCUCUAUCACCAACUAAUAUACAUAAUGUAAUAAUAAACAAUGUAACAAUAAAUGUAAUGGAAUUUAUUUUUUCUAUGCUUUGUAGAAAUUUUGAGUGUAGAUAAAUAUGUAAAUGUCUAUAAAUACGUGACUUCUAUUGUGCAAGUGCUCAAGAUGAAAAAAAAAAUGUUUACAACUACAUCAGUGAGACAGAAGAAUUGGAUAUACAAAUGUUUGUAUGUGAUGUAUUAUAGUACUUCAACUUUGAAUUUGAGGACAGUGACAUUGAUUCUAGCUUGGCAGUGCAUACUGUAUUUAUGGUGAAUAAAAAACACAUACUAACUUU